AUGGAUAAUAAUAAUAAUAUAAUUCAAAGAGAUAUAACAUUUUUAUUUAAAAAAGUAUUUAAUAAUAAGAUAUUAUAUAAAAAUAUAUUUGCAAAAGUUAGAGAUGUCAAUAGCAGAUACAUUUGGGGAACCAAUCACUUGGUUCAACCAAAGAGUAUAUUUGCUUCUGGAAUACAUUCUUUCCCAGGAGAGAUGUAUUCCAAUAAAAACUUUAGAAUGUUAGAGAGUGCAGAGUGGAUGCUCAAGAACAACUACAUCAACGCACUGUUCUACAAGUUAAAGAUGUUCCUUGAACGUUAUCACACCGAGCACAAGUUGACAUGGAGCACAGAAGCAUUAAAUUUGGCAGCCCAAAAAAUUAGAGAUGAAUCACUCAUUGAAUAUCUGACGGACUCUACUUCAGACUAUACUCUACAUUUGUUAGAAGCGGCAGUUCGUUUUGACAAUUUGAUUCUCUUUCAAAAGUUGACGAUUGUAGGUGCCAAGAAGCUGUUAAAAUUCAACUCUAUUCCGAAUCUGUUCGAGUUGGCAGUCGAAUGUGGUAAAGUUGAAAUAGUCAAAUUCAUCGCCAAGAAAUAUUCUCCCAUUAUCGAUAAUCACGACAGAUUAUUUGAAAAGGCACUCUCAAGUAGGAAUAGAGAUACAAUAUUGAAGAUUGCACGUUCCAGCUAUUAUAAACCAAAGGAAAAGACAGACGUAAUGAGAAUACUUUUUCUCAAUCAUCUAGGUGUAGCUGAAUUCUUUUUGGAUUCAAUUUCACCAUUGGAUAUGGAAAAGGAGAUGAAUAUUUACGAAACCAAUCUUAUUAAUAUAAAUGUUGACCAUUUCACAUGGAGUCACUUUGACAUAAUGGUUUAUCUGUGUAUCAAGAAAUUCAGUGGUACAUUGGAUAUCGAUGAUAUCAACGCAAUGUUAUAUUUAACUCGAAAUGUCAAUCCACACAAUCUGUCUGAUAACCAAAUGGCAUUCUACUCACUUGUAUUACUGCUUCAGAAAAUCAACUCUCCAAAUCUACCACACACGCUCAAUCAAUUGGUAACUUUUAGGAAUUCAACUUUCAUACAUGCUAUUAUCGAUUCAAAUAUCUUUAGCAAAACCAAUUUAAAACAAACGAUUAUCAAACAAUUAAUUGGAUAUGGAAUGAUUUCAUUGAUUAUGGAAUUCAUUGAUUAUAUACCAGACACAUUACCAUCGAUUAAAGUUCUAUCGAAAGAUGACACUCUCGAAAUUCUCACACUCAUAAAGAGUAAUCUCCCAAAUACAAAGAUAGAAUAUGAAGUUCUAAUGGAGGAAGCUAGACGUGGUAAUGCAACAACAGUUGAUUAUAUAAUUCGUAAUUUCCCACCAAUCCCAAAUCAGAAUAACAGUGUUAUCUUCACUGGUGCAUUGAUCAGAGGACAAAUGGAUCUUGUAUACCUAGGACUUUCUCAUGGAAUCCAUGGAUUGACCAAUGAAUUCUUUCACACUGCCAAGAAUUUCCUGCAACUUUACAAGAUGUAUGGAAAAGAAAACUUGCUAAUCACAGAAAGACAUAUCAAAAACAUGGUUAUCAUGCAUCUGAAAGAAGAGUUUGAAUUGGCAGUUCAAGAAUAUCGUAUUUUGGUCGAUCCAAUUGUAUUUGUUUAUCUUGGUGACUUUGAUUGGAUGGUAGAAGCAAUUGAAAAACACCAAUGUAAACCAAAAACCGACGACAAUUACAAACAUUUACAUUUCGAACUUCAAAAACAAAUUGGAACAUCUGGAUCUAUUAAACUCUAUCGUAUGUACGAAUACGUGAUGGACAAGAACAAUCAACAAUGGAGAAAGAGCAUCUUGGAUGAAGCUAAUAAGUAUAAUCAUUCGAAAUUAUUGAAAGCAAUCAAAUUGAAUAUUGAUGAAUUUUAA